AUGAUGACUGGGCGAAGGAAAGAUCCAAUUUGGAACUACUUCAUCGAAAUCAAAGACAAAAAUAAAACAACACGUGCUAAAUGCCUAAAAUGCUCGAUGGAAAUGGCUGGUCUAGUGAUGCGUAUGAAAUUGCAUAAAAACAAAUGCAUUAGUAUUUUAGAAGAUUCAAUUGUUGAUGAACCAGAAAACGAUCAAUUAACAGGAGAUCCUGGAGAUGGCUUAGGAGGACCUACAACUAAACGUCCUUGUUCAAGUUCAUUACUUGACACUGGAGGGAGUUUAAACCUAGAAGGAUCAUCUUCGUGCAAAAAGUCAUCAUCUAUGAAUACAUUUAUUUACAGGACAAGCCCAUCAGAAAAAAUUAAAUUGGAUCAUCAGAUUGCCAAGUACAUUUACGCUACUAAUUCUUCUUUCUCAUACGUUGAACACCCAGAAUUUAAACGUAUGAUUGAAAUGUUGCGUCCUGGUUACAUACCUCCUAACAGGGAUAAUAUUGGUAAUAAAUUGUUAAAUGAAACAUUUGUAACAAUAGAUCAGGAAAUAAGAAAUAUAUUAAAAGGAAAGUCUGUAUGUUUGGCCAUGGAUGGUUGGAGUAAUAUUCACAACGAACCUAUCAUCUGUAUUUCAUGUUACAGCCCAACUGAUGAUGUUGUUUGUCUCAUUGACACUAUUGAAACACAAGAAAAUAGUCACACUUCUCAGUAUUUGUUAAAAAUAAUAAUUGAAUCAGUGAAGAAGUGUAAAGAAAUUGGUUGUGAUGUUAGAAGUGUUGUAACGGAUAAUGCCGCCAACAUGAGUAAAAUGAGACAAGAAUUAUCAAACUCUGAACUAAACGAUGGGAGUACAAGUUCUGGAUAUUUUGACAUACUAACUUAUGGGUGUUCAGCACAUAUUCUUAAUUUGCUUGCUCAUGAUGUUAAUGAAAAAAGUAUUAAGGAUAAUGUGAAAGAAAUUGUGAAGUAUUUUAAGUAUCAUCAUUUACCAGCCGCAAAGUAUAAAGCACUUGGUGGAAAAGCACUAAUCUUACCUAUUGAUGUUAGAUGGAAUACAUUAUAUGACUGCUUAAAAUCAUAUAUUGAUAACUGGCAUAUAAUUUAUCAAGUUUGUUCUGAAAAUAGGUCAGCAAUUGAAAACAAAAUUCUAAAAUUAGUUCAUGAUGUUGAACUCAAAAAUAACACAGAAACAUACUUGAUCAAAUUAAAAAAUAUAUCAACUGCUUUGGACAUUACUCAAAAAAAUUCUUGUACUAUUGGAGAAUCAGUUGAAGUUUGGUUAAGACUUAAAACAUUCUUUGAAAGUGAAUGUGAUGAUAAUGAUAUACAAAAAUUCAAAAACAGAUUUAACAUGGCAAUGACUCCAGCUCAUUUUUUAGCAAAUCUUCUUCAUCCACAGUAUAGAGGCUUACAAUUAAGCGAAGAACAGCAUGAUGCAGCAUUUAAUUAUGCUAAUCUAUAUCAUCCUAAUGUUGUGAAUGAAAUUAUAUCAUUUCAAGCACAGUCAUUACCAUUUAAAGAGUAUUUGUUUAAUGAUAAUGCAAUAAAUAAUAUAUCAGCAUUGACAUGGUGGACAUCAUUAAAAAAACAGUCUAAAUUAUCAAAAGAUAUGGAAUAUUUGGUUGAACAAUUGUUUACUGCUAUCUGUAGCUCUGCUGGGAUUGAACGCGUAUUCUCCACCUUUGGAUAUAUACAUUCUAAAACUCGAAAUAGACUAGGAGUCGCAAAGGCCUCAAAACUGGUAACAAUAUUUAAACACUUAAAUACCAAAAAUCAAACUAAUAACUUAUAA